CCCUUAGUCAGUUAUAUGAUACCUGUCACCGGGAGAGCCGGCCACCUUAGAAAUCGGAGCUGGACGCCAUCCUGAAUGAGGUCUGCUGUCUACUCAAGUCUCCGCCCGUUCUGAUCGAUGCACUAGACGAGUUCAGGCCUGCAAACUCGACACAGACCACACUGUUUAUCCAUCUCCUAGACAAGCUUUCGAAGAGAGGCACACGUAUCUUUAUGACAAGUCGGUGUGGACCCGAGCCUCACUCGGCCGUGGGGAAUGUAGUGCUACAGUCCGCGGCCGACAGUCCAGAUAUUCGAUCCCGCGUCACGUACGUCCUUCGGUCCGAUGACUCGAUGCUCGAAAUCCUCGAUCAACAGUUGGAGAAGGAGAUAUGCGACACAAUUGUUGCUCAAGCAGGUGGAAUAUUCCUGCUAGCAGCUCUUCAUCUGCAGAAUAUCCGCGACCAGGUCAGCCGAGCAGGCAUUUGCAGGUGUCUCAACGGACUGAGCAGCGAUCUGGGUAGCGCCUAUGACAAGUCCUUCCAGGUGUUGAGCCACCAAUCCCAGUCACGGAAGCGACUCGCGCUCAAUGCCUUGCGAUGGGUGGCUUGUGCGUACCGUCCACUCACUGCGCUGGGAUUGCGCCACGCCCUGUACUGCUGGCGGGAGGGCGUUCAACAACUUGGCAAGACGGUCGUCAUGUCAAGCGAGAGACAGUGAAAUAUUUGAGUCUCCCAAUGAGGAUGUCUUUCACGAACUUAUAGUUAUAAGAGCUGAAGCCGUAGGAGGAUUCCCUUGAG